CACACACACACAGGCACACCCCCGUAUGUAUGAGUCUCACUCUAGCCACGCAGCCUGAGAAAGCGCACACAAUCCUGUGAUCACGCCUACCAAGAGAUGAGUGUGUUUGAACAGUUUAGUAAGAAUUUUUAUUGGCUAGAAUGUCCAUAAAGACAAUGCCAGUCCCGCAGACCCUGAUGGUAACACUAACCAACCCAGAUGAGGACAGAAGUGUUUCAUUGAACCAGGAUGACUAUCUCUCCGGUCUGAAGGCUUUGACUGAGAAGCUACACCUUGAGACAAAGAGGCCUUCGCAUAUGGAAUGGAGGUUUCAGUUAGAGAGCCAGCAAAACAAAGCUCUGCAGACCUCAGUGGCUGUUAAAGAAGGACACAUACGUCCGUGGAGUUCUCUGAAGUGGACAAAGUCAUCAUUGGACUUUCCAGGAAACAAGCUUCAAAGGCAUCCACCUGAGAGGCUGAAAGGGUUUGGAAGCAUUACUAAGGCACUGGAAUGGCUUAGAAAAGAGUUGAUGGAGAUGCGUGUACAGGACCAGCAGCUAGCUCUCCAGCUUGUGCGUCUCCACGGUGAUCUUAACAAGGUCAAAAUUGAGCAAGCAUGUAAACAACAUCAGAAGAUGUUAAACGAUGCUACGUUUGAGCUGGAAGAGCGCUAUGAGAUGCUGGAUCUCCUUUGCGAUGUCCCUGUCACCUCUGGAUUCGGGAUCUCUGCACCACUCAAGCUCAUCGGCAUCACAAAGAUGAACAUCAGCUCCCGUCGCUUCUCUCUAUGUUAAUAACUGCAUAGACUGAGUAUAUGGCAGAUUUCAUUACAAACUAAAAAUGAGCACUUAAAAGUCAUUUAAUAUGUUUUGUCUUAAGUCAUACUCAUGGUUUAAUUCACCAUCAAUGUGAUAUGGCCUAAGGGUUAGAGAGUCUGACUUGUAAUCCGAAGGUUGUGGGUUCGAGUCUCGGGCUGGCCAUGACUGAGGUGCCCUUGAGCAAGGCACUGAACCCCCCAACUGCUCCCUUGGUGCCGCAGCAUAAAUGGCU